CGUGUGAGUCAUCACCGAGCAGCCACCCGUCGUCUCUCCAGCUGAACCCGGUCUCCUCCAGCGCUCCACAGGAUUGAGAUGUUACACUUCAGGUUCUCCACAGCGCUGAAGCAGUUGUCCGAAGCCGGCCUCACGCGUCCCCUACCCGGCUGCGGUGGAAGGAGCUGGUUCGCGACCCGCCGCUGCUGCUCCGGCGCCGCAGAUGCCCGGGCUGCGUCCUCCCGGCUGAAGGUGCUCCGCGGAGCCGCCUACUCCUCCGCCUCCUACCGGCCGGCGCUCCGCUCCGCGCCCUGCGCCGCCCAGCGCCGCUCGUACUGCGUGAAGACGGAGGGCAGCGUUGAGGCGGACGAGCAGCUGAAGAAAGAUGGUGACGCCGACAAAAAAAGACCUGCAGCCGUCCUGCCCAGUCUGGAGGAUCUGCUCUUCCACACGGUCGCAGAAGGUCAAGAGACGAUUCCCGCUCACAAAUUCCUCACAGCACUUAAGGCCACAGGUCUUCGCACUGGAGAUCCCCGGCUGAAGGAAUGUAUGGACACCAUUAAAGAAACUCUAAGGAACACAACAGAUGGCGUAACUCUGGACAGGCACCUAUUCAAGAAGUGUGUCCAGAGCAACAUUGUCCUGCUCACUCAGGCCUUCCGCAAGAAGUUCGUCAUCCCAGACUUCCAGUCCUUCACCACCCUUAUUGAUGAGCUGUAUGAGACUGCCAAAAACCUCAAUGAAGGACAGGUCGCAGACUACAUUCCACAGCUUGCCAAGUUCAGCCCUGACCUGUGGGCAGUCUCUCUUUGCACAGUGGACGGACAGAGACACACAGUAGGAGACACCAAGGUCCCUUUCUGUAUGCAGUCCUGUGUCAAGCCUCUGAAAUACGCUGUGGCUGUCCAUGACCACGGCACAGAGUACGUGCACAGCUUCAUCGGGAAGGAGCCCAGCGGCCUGCGCUUCAACAAGCUCUUCCUGGAUGAAGAUGAUAAGCCUCACAACCCCAUGGUGAAUGCCGGAGCUAUCGUUUGUACUUCACUGAUAAAGCAAAGUGAAGGCAACGCAGAAAAGUUUGACUAUGUCAUGAACUUUCUGAAAAAGAUGGCAGGAAAUGAAUAUGUGGGCUUCAGCAAUGCCACAUUCCAGUCUGAGCGUGAGUCAGGUGACAGGAACUUCGCCAUUGGAUACUACCUGAAAGAAAAAAAGUGUUUCCCAGAGGGAGUAGACAUGACCACUGUGCUGGACCUGUACUUCCAACUGUGCUCCAUUGAGGUGACCUGUGAGAGCGCCAGCGUCAUGGCAGCCACGCUGGCAAACGGUGGCAUCUGCCCAAUCACAGGGGAGCGUGUCCUGAGCCCCGAGGCCGUGAGGAACACCCUGAGUCUGAUGCACUCCUGCGGCAUGUACGACUUCUCUGGGCAGUUUGCAUUCCAUGUCGGUCUGCCUGCCAAGUCGGGAGUAUCAGGGGGAAUCCUGCUGGUCGUGCCCAACGUCAUGGGCAUUAUGUGCUGGUCGCCUCCACUGGACUCAGUGGGCAACUCAGUCAGAGGAAUACAGUUCUGCACGGACCUUGUGGAGCUUUUCAACUUCCACAACUACGACAACCUGAGACACUGUGCCAAGAAGCACGACCCUCGCAGAGAAGGAGGUGACCUGCAGCAGCACACCUUCGGACCCCUGGAUUACGAGAGCCUCCAACGGGAGCUCGCUCUGAAAGCCCCUCUUUGGAAAAAGGUGUCUCCCACUGAGUCGCACCAGGACAGCUCCACCACUGUAGUCUAUAGAAUGGACACUGUCAGCGAGUGACCCAAAAGCAGAGAGGAGAGCCACUUGUCCCGCACACCCCCGCCUCGCCCCCCCUCUCACAGCAACAUCACCAUCAUCUCUCCCGGCCCUUUAAUAUUUAUAAAUAACUUACAUUGUUUUAUUGAGGAUUAUUUAUUGCUUGUGACGGAGUUACUGUGUGGAUGGACGGGGACGUUUCUUUUGUUUGUGUUUAUGAGGGGGGGGGGAGAAUGGGAUGAGUCACUGUUUGUUUAUUCUACUCUGAAUUCCACAUGAACUCGUCGCCUCCACCUGCUCGUUGCCUUAGUGAGUAGGAGCUGAUGUACAUCGUGCAGGUUGUGCUUGUGUUUCAUCUCACCCCCUUUUUUAUUGCUGGUUUUUAUCUGACAUAAUCUAUUUUGAAAUAUAGGUUAAGGGUUGAUAUGACUGUGUUUGAAUGUGUAGACUCAUAAUAUUCAUACAUGCAUUCAGACUACUUUCUUUAAAUGACUGCUUACUGUAGCUCACUCUCAGGCCUAACAAUCUAGUGAUAAGCACGUGUACAGAUUGCGAUGUACUGUUGGUGAUGAUCAAAAUGUUUAAAUGUUUAAAUGUUUGUUGGACUACUUAUGGAACGCUAUAGGUCAAAGGAGAAUCCUGUUAAUAUAUCAGUUAGAUGUGACCCUAUGGGCGCCAGGGCCUCAGCUAAGUUACUCAUUUUAAAUAAGAGGAAAAAUCAGCUUUGAAUCCUGAAGGGAUUGAGUUAGAAGUGUCUCUUGUUCUCAGGGAACUGAAUCAUUAGAAUCAGUUCAUAAGAAUCAAACAAAUUAAAUCUGGUUAAUUUUUGUCUAAAUACAUAUACUUCCUGCUGCGGGGGCGCCGGCCAAUGGGAAGACAAUGUUGGUCCUCAAGGUUUUGGCAGCCAUGAGACCUGAGGCUGCUCUUUUAUUGGUUAUUGGUUAAGUUCUCACGGGACACUCCCACUUUUAUUUACAGCCAAUAGGUAUUGAUUUAUGUUUUAUUUUUUUUAUCUAAUGGGAUUGGUUGACCCAAAAGUUGCCACAGUCACAAUGAGGACGGGCAUCUUGUGUGUUAUGUUGUUGUUGUUGAUUCUGGCUUCAGUUUGUUUAUUUAUUUGGGUGUUGAUACAAUACACCAGCAAAAACAGGUUUGCUCAACCAAAAAGCUGAGGAGAGAGAAAGAGAGAGAGAGAGAGAGCUGAGAUGACAGAAACCAUAACAGGCAGAUUUGUUGUUGGACUUGAUUGUCCUGAUUCUCUCUGGAUGCCUGCAGCACCUGGGCGUCUCUUCAGUGUGUCUGUGCGUUUGGCUGCCAUUUCUGAAUAUAAUGUGUGAAAACACUCGGAAACACAAGAACUGAGUGGAGCUGUGAUUUUGGGCGAGGUGUUGGUUCAACCUCCCGUCACAGCCGUAGCAGCCGCACCUGGGCGCAGGUGACGGCGGCGUUUAUCUCGGCCACAUUCCAGAACCAUCACAGAAUGUUUGCAUUUGCAAAAUAUGCUUGUGUUUAAUCAGGAUGCCUUAGUUUGAAUAACAAAACCACAAGCCAUGAUUGAUAUGUCGACCAAAGGGUGUUCCUUGCCUCUCGCUCGACGUCAGCUGGGAUUGGCUCCAGCAAACCCCACCCCCCCCACACACAUGAGGAUAGGUUGUUUUGUAAAUGUAAGAGUGAAUGUGUUUCAGAACAGCUGGAUGAGAAAAGAGAUUUUCAGGUCCUUUUUUAAAUCAUGAUUUUUAAAUAAGACGUAAAUAAAACAUGUUUAUGUCUCCAAAGGCGCAGACUUUCAUGUAUGAUGUUGGUAAAUAUAUACAGUACUGCUUUUUAAAGUCCUCAGUGUUCCUAUAAAGUUAUAUAUUGUAAAAACCUCUCUCGAUAGACACGAUUCUCUGAGCUUCUAAAUGUGCACGGAGGCAAAUGAUUGUGUGCUUCAGGUCAGGAGGUUUGUUGAAUGCACACUUCAGACUUUCCUAAUUCAUAUCGUCCCCUCCAGGAAGUAGAAAGACUUGCACAUGAAUGUCAUGUCAGCAGAUGCCUUAGAUGUCCCUCUCUGGUGAGACUGUUCUGGGGGGGGGGGGUUCUUCAGACCUUGUUCAAACUGUACAGUCGUUGUGUGUGUGUGUGUGUGUGUGUGUGGUGUUUGUCAAGGGGCUGACUUGAGCUCUAAGCUGCUGGAGCCUGUACUGCCCCAGGUUACUUUUAGACAUGUCGUCAUGUCGCAGAAGUCAAUAUUUAUUAUCAUAUUGUUUAAGGUAAUGGACUUCUGUUAUUGUGUGUAGGUGUUCAGAAGAAGCCUCUGUCCUCCACCUACAGUGUUUUCUGCCGUGCACGAUGUGUUGGGUCUGUUGGACACGUAUUGGGACUUCGUUGUUUGUGUUGAGGUUUGCAGUGGACUCGAGAAAGCACUGACAUUAGUAUGAGUAGGACAGUGGCCUUAUUCGUUAAAGUUAUAAUCCUUGAGAUUUGUGUCAUAUUGGAAAGUAUUUAUUCGACAACAUGUCUGACGGUGGCUUUUAUCCUGCUGUGGUUAGAACGCUGCUUCCUUGGCUGUGCGUCGUGAUAGCCAGGUUUUUAUUCUGCUUUUACCAAAUACAGCUGGAUGAUAGGAGACACAUCUACUACCAGGAGUCUUAAUAAGUUAUAUGUCAUAUGUAUGUAUACAGGGAAAGCAGACAUAUCAUGUGGUGGCAGCACGUGGUUAUAAAUCAGUCAGGAGUGUGUGUAUAUUGUGACAUUUGGGUUGAGAAUGUGUUAUUUUAGAAUGUGCGUUUCACAUCAUUGUUGUCUGCUUAAUUUGUGAGUGGUGGGUGGGGGGGGGGGCUGGUUCUACAGGCUCUUGACCUUCUUGCAGGAGUGGCUUAUCUGAUCUGCUCCACUCUGAAACUCUCAAACUGACAACCUGCUGUUACUUGGUCAAGAAGAAAAAGGGCCAAUGAACUUUAUUACUUGAAGUCUGAAAUCGGUCACACUGGAUUUGCUCCUGUAAAUGUGAUUAUUACUCUGCAAUCAAACCAAUCACAGACGGGCUUUUAAAUGCUGAGUAUUUUCCAUGAUAUCAUAUUUUGUGUUUGUAAUAUUCCCAGUUUUUUUGUUUUUUUUCUCAUUCUUUCUCUUUUUUUUAUGAUUUUGCUACUUGUCUUCUUGAUCCCAUGUAAUCAGUUUUAAAUUGGUUUGAUUUGUGUCUUUUCUCUUUGUUGAUUUGUGUCAUGGACAUACGUUUUUGUUGAUAUUUGAAUUUACAUUUAAAGACACUUUGCAAUAUGGUGACCUUGGAAUUGUAAGGUUCUCUAAUGUCACGGUCAAAUAUGAGAUAGGUUUUAAACCAGAUCACUUUGCCAUUGUUGAGAUUAAGAAAAUACAUAUUUAACAGAUGUGUAACAUUGGAACCAGUACAAGUUUAAAUAUGAAGCCGUUCCCAGACCUACAGUAGAUGAAACAUUACAGUUCCAAGCUCAUGACUGAUGAUUGUCAAACUUCUCUAUGUGUUGAUUUCAUUUGUGUCCACAUCCUUGUAAUUCUUUGAGUGAAGUCUUCAUCAACCCAUGAACUGUCCGGUCUGCCCGGAGCUAAAGACGUUGUUAGCAUAAGAACUCGUCUUCCUCACAUUUCUUUCUGGUUGUGACGGACAGGUAGACAAGCCAGUGAUGUGUUGCCUCGGUGUCUUUUUGUGUAAAGUCCAAUAAAGCAGUGGUAUCGAACA